ACAGUGGAGAUGUCAACAUAAUAAAUAAUGGUGAGAGGAGAGAGCGGACACACAAAACUUGUACAAAGACAAGCAACAGAGAACAAUUUCUGGCUAUUUCUUUCCCUGUUUGCGAACGAGGCUUUUUGCUUCCUUUUCAAAAGCUUCUCCAGAUCUUUUGAAUCCACCAAACUCGAGAAAGAAAGAGAUUUUACAGCUAGACGAGACAACAGAAAGAAAGAAUUUCUAUCUUGCUCACUCUGUUAUUAGCAGUCAGCCCUUUCUGUUUGGUUGCUGAGAAUAUUUUUCCAGUUGUGUUUUUCAUCCCUUUGUCUCUUUUUACGUUUUACGUGCGUUCUUUUGUUCUGCAUUAGGGAGGAACUGCUUUAAUCGUUUUCAUUUUCUUGUAUUUUCCCAGUAACCAAACAGAGAGAGAGAGUGGAUUAUGAAGAUCCACGCUUCACUGUCUUUUCUUUCUUUCCUUAUAUUCUUGCGUUUAACGGUCUACUUAUUUUCAAAUAUUGACUGCAUUUCUAUACAUAUACACGCAUGUCCCAUUAUAGACAUUUUCUUAGUUGCCAUGUAAAUUAUUCAUCUUCUUUUUUAUUCAUACUUGCUCAGAAUUUUAGAUGUUUUGCAUCCCAUUAUUAUUUGUGCCUUAUAAAAGAAAUCUUUCAAAACAAAUCGAUACUUUCCUUUCUUUUCUUUUCUUUCUUGGCAGAAAGCCUUCUGCUUAUAGUUUUACAUCACUUUCAUUUGAGGUUUGGUUCAUUUCUUUGAAAUCAAUUCUUGAUCUCGAUUCUAAUAUUUUCAUUCCUUGAGCACCAAUACAAUCAUCUUAUGUAUACACACUGGUUGGCUUUUCCUUUAGUUUGAUAUGAUAAUUGGGAUAUUGGUUUUGCAGAAGAAGAAGAAGAAGAGAAGGAGGAGGAGAAAAUGAAUAAUUCUGUUUCGGAUCAGAGCUUUUACAUAGAAAGUGAUGAGGAGGAUGACGAGAGGGAACUUAACAGAGGUGGAGAAGGUGAAGACAACGACGGAAAUCGAUCAGAUUCCGAUGAUUCUUUAGCUGAUAACCGACAGCAGAGCAAAAUUGGUUCUUAUAAUACUUCUUGGCCUCAAAGCUACAGGCAGUCCAUUGAUCUAUAUAGUAGCGUACCAUCUCCAAGUAUUAUUCUGGGAACUCCUACACUGUCAAGAUUAGGCAGUUCUUUUUUAUCCUCUUCCCUAACAAGAAGACACACACCGGAAUCGCUACCUUCUGUGACAAAACCUCUAAUAUCAAAGGCAGAAGAUGAGCAGUUGUCCCAACAAAGGCGCAGUUCUCAUUCUCUUCUUCCUCCAAUUCCCUAUAGAAGGUCUUUGAUUAAAAAGGAUGAGAAACCAUCCCAGAUUUCACAUGAACUUCCCAUUUCUCGCCACAGCUCAUACGGACAAGCCGUGGUUAAUGGCAUGAAUGUUCUAUGUGGAGUUGGGAUUUUGUCCACUCCUUAUGCUGCCAAAGAAGGAGGAUGGCUUGGGCUCUCUAUACUGCUCAUAUUUGCAGUGCUUUCCUUUUACACUGGUAUGCUCUUGUGUUACUGUUUGGAUAGUGAACCAGAGCUUGAAACUUACCCUGACAUUGGCCAAGCUGCAUUUGGCACCAUUGGUCGGAUUGCCGUCUCUAUAAUCCUAUACGCGGAGUUAUAUGCUUGUUGUGUUGAAUAUAUAAUUUUGGAGAGUGAUAACUUAUCUUCAUUAUUUCCAAAUGCACAUUUAAGUUUGGGUGGAUUAGUGCUCAACUCUCACCACUUGUUUGCUCUUCUGACCACUCUUGCUGUUCUUCCAACUGUUUGGCUUCGAGACCUCAGCGUGCUUAGUUAUAUCUCUGCUGGUGGAGUUCUUGCAUCAGUUUCGGUGGUCAUCUGCUUAUUCUGGGUUGGUCUGGUUGAUCUUGCUGGGAUUCAUAGCAAAGGAACAGUACUGAACCUUGGUACUCUUCCUGUAGCUAUUGGUCUCUAUGGUUAUUGUUACUCAGGACAUGCUGUUUUCCCAAACAUCUACACCUCCAUGGCACAACCUAACAAAUUCCCUAUGGUUCUCUUAGCAUGCUUUGGCAUUUGUACCGUGAUGUAUGCUGGAGUUGCUGUUAUGGGGUACACAAUGUUUGGAGAAUCAACAGCAUCUCAAUUCACUCUUAGCAUGCCACAAGAUCUAAUCGCAACGAAGAUUGCCAUGUGGACUACGGCAUUGAAUCCAUUUACCAAAUAUGCAUUAACCAUAUCUCCAGUGGCAAUGAGUCUUGAGGAAUUGAUACCAUCAACACAUCUGAAGUCUCAUGUUUAUGCUAUCUGUAUCAGGACAGCCCUGGUGAUCUCCACCUCGAUUGUUGGUCUCUCCAUUCCUUUCUUCGGUCUGGUGAUGUCUUUGAUUGGAUCUUUGCUCACAAUGCUAAUACAGGCCUUGAUACUUCCUUGUGCUUGUUUUCUAAGCAUCUUAAGGGCUAAAGUAACCAGAGUUCAGGCUGCACUCUGCAUCAUGAUCAUCACAGUAGGGGUGAUAUCAUCAGUCUUUGGAACCUACUCAGCCCUCUGCAAAAUUGUUGAGAGUUUGAGAAGCUGAAUUUUUGUGUUUUGUCUCCAUCAGUGAAAGAGUAAAUUUUGAUUUUCUAGACUACCUUCUUAAACCUUCCAUUUCCAAAUCCAUUUGAGUCUUCUUUUUUUAUUUUUUUUGCAAUGUAUUGCAUUCUCAAUUCCUUUUGAUGCAUUCAUAGUCUGCAAUUUUGAUAUGUCUAUUGGCGGUACUUAAAUGAAAAAUGAGUAUUGACUGUGUGUA